AUGAAUGAUGGUCCUGAAGGUUCCAAUAGACCAAAUGAGUAUAGAGAAACUGUGAAGGUCAGAGGGAGUAAGUCAUUGGAGAUACAUCCACGUUGCUUAGCAGAUGGAAAUGAACUCUUAAGGUUCUAUGGCACAACUGCUGCAUGCUCCAUCGGCAUGAAUAGCUCUUCAAGACUCUGCACAUUUUACAAAUGUGGAGUUUGUCAAAUUCUGAAACAUGGCUUCUCUAUAAAGAUGGAAACCCAUGAUGGUGUAAUGGGUGUUUUUACCACUUCAACUUGUGAAAAGGCCACGGAGUCUAUUGAACUUGAAGAAAGAAACGAAACUGUUAGAAAGGCUGUGAUAUUAUGCAGAGUGAUUGCCGGGAGGAUCCAUAACAUUGCGGGAAGUCUAAAGGAUGAGCAAGUUUAUGAGUCAGGGUUUGAUUCAUCGGAUUCAUCCGGCAAUUUUGAGGAAUUAUACAUACUAAAUCCUAAGUCUGUUCUGCCUUGCUUUGUGGAAAUAUGCAAGUAA